AUGGCUCUCGUCGCCGUCCCCCCGCCCCCGCCCGAUGAGCUCCUGGUCUCCCCGAAGGGCUCGGCCGCGAAGAGCACCCCCCUCGAUGCUCCCCGCGAUGCUGAUCGCCCGUCCUUCUCUACAACCUCCUCAUCCAAAUUGACCGCCCCCGAGGCCCAAGACUGUGCCAUCCCCGCAGAAUCCUCACUCGCUCGCGAUCCUCCGACACCCAAAACCACCAGCCCUGUCUCCUCCACCGCUCUCACCUCCACCGGAGCGCCCUCUUGCCCGCCCCCAAAAGCCACCGUCAUUUGCACCCGCACCACCUCGUGUAUUUGCGAGGGCUGCGCAGAGCCGCAUGACGGCUCGUAUGGCUCUGGUCGCUUCUGCAGCGUUCAAUGCGCCCGCCGCAUUGCCGCCAGCCGCAAGUGGGAGAAGCAGCGCUCCGAGCGCAAGCGCCUCGCCGCCGCAGCAGCUGCUUCGGCCACUGCUACCGCCUCCGUCGUCGACCAUUCCCCAAGUUCGCUCUCAUCCGCCUCUUCGCUCGAUGGCCGCGGAGCACUCAAGAGGCGCCGCGUCGUCAUGCUACCUCAAAAUGGCGUUGUGCCCCAGGCGCGCUACCACUCUAGUGCCACCCCACCCCCGCCCGUGCUGCAGCAUCCCCACUUGCAAUAUCAGCAUCUAGUGCAGCCGCAGCCGCAACCUCACAAUCGCCAUCACUCCAUCCCGCACCACCCGCAUCCCAUGCUGGGCCAUAUGCAGAUGCAGAACCCUCUGUUGGCUGCUACCCCGCCGUUGCCAGUAUCUUCACCACUAGGAGCAAUGCCGCCGUUUAUGGAGUACGGCCACAUGCCGGUGCGCACCGCGAGCCCGUGCUAUACGCCGUCUACCGCGGCGUACUAUCAGUACCAGCCUCCCAUGGUGUACACGCCGCCACCGCAGUACCCAAUAUAUGCGAGCAAUCCGAUGCCUGUAAUGCCGCACGCUCAAAUGCCUCAAGGACAAAUUCCGCCACCCCCGCCCCCAACCCCUGCACCUGAUGCCGCGCAUGUCAUAGGUCAGGGACACAUGGUCCAGAAUCAUGCUCCUGGAGUGCCGCGCUCUCUGCAUGCUCCGAAGGCUCAAGUCUCAAGCGAAAAAGAAUGCGCCGCCGUUGCAAACGCUUUACUUUGCCUGCGUGAAAGCAAAAAGAUGGAAUAG